AUGGCGUCGAAUUUCGAAGCCAACGGCACAAAGCAACGGCGCCAGAAGUCGACUCGGCGAAGGAGACCAGGGAGCAAAGACGAUUUCGAUGAGCGAUGGGGAGAUGAAGAGCCUGGGUCAGAUGAGGCCGAGGAGAACGACUUUCAGAUCCCACCCCCAAAACGAGCAAAGUUGGAUGAUGGUGCUGCACGUAUGCGAACUCCCACACCGGACGAGAACGAAUCUCCGGAGGCAUUGUUAGAAAAAGAGGCCAGGCGAGACCGUGAAGAAAGGGAUGAGUUUGCAAGACGACUCGCAAAGAGAGAUGAUGAGCGCUCAAAGAAGAUGGUUGAAGACCGCUCAUCGGCGAAGGACAGUGCUCUGGCUCAGCGCCGGGCAUUAGCUGAUGAUGCUGCGGGCAGGAGCGCUGCUAUGCCUGAUCUACGGCUACGCUCACGGCAGGACUACUUGAAGAAGAGAGAGGCGGAGAUGCUAGCUUUGCUACGGAAACAAGUCGCAGAAGAGCAGGCAGAGCUGCGAGAGAAUCCUGAUCUGACAAGCGCGGAGAGGGCCGAGUUUGCUAAGAACAGGGAGGUGCUACGGAUCGCGGAGGAGAGAAUGAAGAUUGAUGAACACCUUGAUGGCUAUGCGUUGCCUGAAGACUACAUUACCGAGAAGGGCAAGAUUGACCGGAAAAAGAAAGAAGAAGCACUAUACAAGCGAUAUGCCGAUCGGGAUGAGCAUGGGAAUGAGAGAUUCGUUACGGAGCACGAGGAGUGGGAGAAGGAACAAACCUCGAAAGCUCAGGCCCAGGUAUCGAGGUUUGAGUUUGUUGAUGAAGGAGAUUACGACUACGUGUUUGAUGAUUCCCAAAAGCUUAACUUCAUCAUGGAGGAUCGACUAGCUGGGGACACGAAGCUUAUGACCAAGGAACAGAGGAUGAUGAUGCAGCAACUGACAGCCGCAGAGCAGAAGGCUAAAUCGAUAGAGGAGACGAGGAAGAGUCUCCCAGUCUAUGCAUUUCGAGAAGAGAUCCUUUCUGCCAUUGGUGAGCAUCAAAUCUUGAUUAUUGUGGGCGAAACAGGAAGCGGAAAAACAACACAACUACCACAGUAUCUACAUGAAGCCGGCUACACAAAAGGGGGCUUGAAGGUGGGGUGUACACAACCCAGGCGGGUUGCAGCAAUGAGUGUAGCAGCUCGUGUUGCUGAAGAGAUGGGAGUGAAGGUGGGCAACGAGGUUGGAUACGCAAUUCGAUUCGAAGAUGCGACAAGCGACAAAACCGUACUAAAGUAUAUGACGGACGGCAUGCUUCUACGUGAACUUCUUACAGAGCCCGAUCUAGGAGCCUACUCAGCUUUGAUGAUCGAUGAAGCUCACGAAAGGACUGUGGCUACUGAUAUUGCAUGUGGCCUUCUAAAAGAUAUCGCCAAAGCCAGACCGGAUCUGAAGCUUCUCAUUUCCUCAGCUACAAUGGAUGCUGUGAAGUUUCAGAAGUAUUUCGAUAAUGCCCCCAUCUUCAACAUUCCUGGACGUCGAUAUGCAGUAGAUAUACACUACACAUCGCAGCCGGAAGCAAACUAUCUUGCUGCAGCCAUUACGACGAUCUUCCAGAUACACAUCACGCAAGGAAAAGGCGAUAUUCUUGUCUUCCUCACGGGACAAGAGGAAAUCGAAGCAGCAGAAGCAAACCUGCAGGAAACAGCUCGCAAGCUCGGGAGCAAGAUUCCAGAAAUGCUCAUUUGCCCAAUCUACGCAAAUCUCCCGUCUGACCUCCAAGCCAAGAUCUUCGAGCCCACACCAGCAGGAGCUCGCAAAGUAGUCCUCGCUACAAACAUAGCAGAAACAUCGUUAACCAUCGACGGUAUAGUCUAUGUCAUCGAUCCCGGCUUCGUCAAAGAAAACGUUUUUAACGCCCGCACCGGCAUGGAAUCCCUCAUUGUAACGCCCUGUUCUCGCGCCUCCGCUGGUCAACGCGCAGGGCGAGCAGGUCGUGUCGGCCCGGGGAAAUGCUUUCGCCUAUACACCAAACAAGCUUACAUGAACGAGUUAGACGAGAGCACUACCCCAGAAAUCCAACGCACAAACUUGAACGGAACGAUCCUCCUCCUCAAAUCUCUAGGGAUAAAUGACCUCCUCGACUUCGACUUCAUGGACCCACCUCCCACCGACACCAUCGUCCGCGCCGUCGAACAACUGUACGCACUGGGCGCCCUCAACAAUGCAGGCGAACUCACGAAGGUAGGUCGUCAGAUGGCCGAGUUCCCCACCGACCCCAUGCUCGCCAAAUCAAUCCUAGCAGCGGAUAAAUACGGCUGCGUGGAAGAAGUCCUCUCCAUCAUCGCCAUGCUAGGCGAAGCAUCCGCGCUCUUCUACCGGCCUAAGGACAAGAAAAUCCACGCCGACAGCGCUCGAGCACGCUUCACCAACAAAGAAGGCGGCGAUCAUCUAUCGCUGCUGAAUAUCUGGAACGAAUGGGUCGAUUCGGAUUUCAGCUAUGUCUGGUCGCGUGAGAACUUUCUCCAGCAGCGCUCGCUGAACCGAGCCCGUGACGUGCGCGACCAGCUCGCCCGCCUCUGCGACGCGAACAAUCUCCCCCCGAUCCAGAAAGCCAUCACGGCUGGAUUUUUCCCCAAUGCUGCAAGACUACAGAGGGGCGGGGACAGCUAUCGCACGGUCAAGAAUGGACAGUCGGUUUAUAUCCACCCGAGCAGUGUACUUAUAGAGGUUCAUCCCAAGUGGGUGCUCUACUAUGAACUGGUCUUAACAAGCAAGGAGUACAUGCGCAGUGUGAUGCCGUUGAAGCCGGAGUGGUUGGUCGAGGUGGCGCCGCAUUUUUAUGCGAAGAAGGAUCUGGAUAGUUUGGGGGGUGGGGAUAAGAAGAUGCCCAGGGGCAGGGGGGUUGGUGCUGCGGAGGGAGGAGGGGGGAGAAGUAAGAUCUAG